AGUUCACAGCUGAGAGAGCUGAACUCUUUGCUGGAGGAUAGGAAUUCAGUUUUGUCUAAUUUGGAAAAAGAUGUAAAAGAAAUGAAGGAGGUGCAGCAGUCUGAAAGAGAGAAGCAUGAAUUUGAAUUGCAAGAAAAAGACCAAAAGUGCUCUGAACUGGAAUCUCAGCUAAUGGCUAAAAACCAGCUAUUGUCUGAGCUUGAAAUAAAGGUGAAUGAAACUAAUAAUAAAUGUUCAGAUCUUGAAUCCCUAUUGGAUAAAACUAAUAAAGUAUUGGAGAGUGAACAACAUAAGCAUGCAGAGCUUGAGAUAAAAGUGCAAUCAGCCAGCCAAGUCAAUUUACAGUUGGAAGAAAUUCUAUCGGAGAAACAGAAUCUUGAAAUGAAAUUAUCAGACUUGAUGUUGCAAAAAGAAGAGUUGAAGAAAAAACUGGAUGAAGCUCUGAACUCUGCCCGAGCUCAAAUUGAAAAUAAGGAUUCCGAAGUUAAAUCCCUUGAGGAAGUGAUGCAACAGACUUACGAGUUGAAGCUGACUCAGUUGAAGGAAGAACAUGCUGCUGAAAUUUCAGAACUGUCUGUGAAGAUGGAGAGCCAGAGCAGUGCUAAAGUGGCUGAGUACAAAAAGAAAGCAGAGUCUUACAUAUCUCAGGUGAAAAAACAGCUCCAGGAUGAGAAGAUCUCUGCAACUGGUCAGCAGGAAGAGAUCAUAUCAAAACUGGAGGCCACCAUUGGAACAUUAAAUUCAGAGAUCACAGACCUGAGACAGUUGAAAGAAAAGCUUGUCUCAAAUCAUGAACAAGAACUAACAGAUGUUAAAAGACAGUUUGAAGAAUUGAUUCAAUCAAAAGACAUUCAGGUUAAUGAUUACAUUCAGAAAGGAAAGGACUCUCAGCUGAAUCAAGACAAACUAGUGGAAAAGAUAGCCUCACUAGAGACUGUCAUUUCAAAUCAGCUUGAGAAAAUUUCUGCUCUGGAAAGAAGAAAAGAAGAAACAUCAUCUGAGGCAGAUCAUGAGAUUGAGGGUCUGAGAUCCAAGAAUGAAAGACUGGAACAAGAGUUUCAAGCUUUGAAGACUGACAAAGAAGAAGAACUGGUGGCACUGGAGUCAAGCUGGUCGCAGAAGCUGAGAGAAGUUGAAAGGGUUCACCAAGCUGACCUGGAUAACCAGGCCAGUGAACAUGCAUUUAAGCUGAAGCAUUUGGUGAAGGAGCUGAGUCAACAGAUGUCAGAGAAAGAAAGGGAGUUUGAAGCCACAUUCCGUGAAGCCAUAGGUAAGGUUUCUCUUGGGGGAUGGUUGGCAAUUUAGAAUAGAGAUUGCUGCUCUUAUGGUUUAUUUUUUAAAAUAAAUUUGAUGACACAAAUGUGACCCAUGUGUAAAUUGAAAUUAUUACCUUUAUUUAAUUGUUUCAAAAAUAGUUACUAUGUUUAAUCUGUUUAGAUCGAUCCAAUAUCCGUUUGUCACUUGUGUAAUAAUUGUUAUGAAAUACAAUAUUUGAUUUAAAAAAUUAUAUAUAUUAGUAUUGUAACCAUAAGGGAAUGUCUCAAAAGUUUAUUUCUAUUGAAAACCUGUCAUCACAUAUUUUUUGUCAUAGAUAAAAGUACAAGAGGGGAGCAAGGCAUGCUUCGAGAACAUCAGGCUGAUGUUGAUGAGCUGCGAAAAGAAAUAUUAGAACGUGAUGAGCGGAUACAAGAACUUCAUGUGGAGUAUAAAGCUAAACUUCAGGUCAGCUAUAUCAGCAGAUGUGUAAUUGCUCAUUUCAAUUUAAACCCUGGGAAAAGAUUUAGACAUCAGUUUAUCCAUUUCUAAAUAAAAUAAGUGUUGUGGAACUUACUUUGCAAAAGUUGGAGUUAUUUUCAUUCCAUUGUUAUCCCAUAGACUCUUGAAGAAGCACAAGCACUUAAGGUGAAAGAACUGGAGACAGUAUUAGCUACUGUUAGACAAGAAAAUCAGCAGGUAAUUGUUGACAUGGAAAAUAAACUGAAAUCAGAGCAUCAUAAAAGUCUCCAAGCAAAAGAUACCUCCCACCUAGAGGAGGUAAAUGCUCUCACUAGAGAAUCGAACAUGGAAAGGAAGGUGGGUUACUGUGCAUGCCCUGUCUGCAGCAAAAUGCUUGCUGUGCAUUUUCCUAUUGUAAAUGUGAGCAGCUUCCACCUGGAUUGUCAUGACAAGUAUUUGCCACCAACAUUUUUCACUCACAUGUGUUUGUUUUGAUAGUGGUUUAAGUUGUGCUCAUCAAUAAUGCAGAUGAUAAUUAUUAUUUUAAAAUAUAUUUUGGAUUGUUAAAACUUUGUCUUUAUUAUUACUUUAAAAAAAAAAAAAAAAAAAGGAAAAAAAAAAUUUUUUAAUUAAAUUUUUAACAAAAAUCAAAUUAAUUCUUUUGUAAAUAAUUCCAAUCAUACUAAAUGAUGUCUUGCAUGCAGCCACAGAACAGUUAACUGUCAAGAUUAUAUUUUUUAUCAACGUUAUGAAGUCAGAAUGUUUGUUGGCAAUCUAAGGAUUUUUCUUUGAAUAACCACCUCAAACUGCUUCAGUGAUUACUGUUUUAAAGCAAUUUUGUCUUGUUUAGUUGUUCUACCACACCGUUGACUCCAGCCACUGUUAUUCAAUGUCUUUUUUCCAUUGUGGUAUGUUAGAUGGGCAUGCAGCACUGGCAAGUUGAACAGAGACCUGAAAUGUUUGAGGUAUAUCUAUGUGUUGUGUUUAAAAGUUUCAAUUAAAUGUUUUAUCAGCUUCUAAAAAAAUGGUAACAGUUUCAUAAAAAUAUAUAUUUACCUAAAAAUAUACAUUUUAAAAAAAGCUUAAAUAAAAAUCAGCUUGAUGUAUAAAACAUAUCCCCUUGGCAAGCUUGAAAAUCUAAGGCAGACUUCUGGAUACUCUACUAAAUUUAAAAACUGAAACACUUCAAAUUUUAAUUUCACACUUUUUUUUUCUAUUGAUAAAAGUCAUUCUCCAUCCGGGAGCCCUUACCCCCAUAUGUUGCCUUGAUCUCAGCCAUAAUAAAAAAUCCUGCCAUUUCUAGAAUAACAGUAUGUCAAUUAAAUGUUGCAUGUAUAUGUACAUCUUUGAUUGGAAUUUCUUCUACAUUUCACCCUUGAACUACAGUUAUUUGUUUGUCAUUCUAAUGACUAUUUUUAUUAAGUAGCAAAGCAUUUUAAAUAUCUUAUGUUCAAAUAUUUACUGAGUAGGGUAAAUUCUGUUUUAUUUUUUACUUUCUUAAAAUUUAUACUUUUUAAAUAAAUUUUCUAGCAUUAAUUUUUAAAAAGAAAUCCAAUAGGAUUGUUAAACUGUCAUUUUUGCAUUUCUCAAUGAAUUUUUUUUUUACAAGAAAUAUUGUGAAGACUUUUCAAGCAUUAAAGUAACACAUUUUCCUAUAUAGUUUUAAAAAAUAAUUUUUUUAUAUUAUCGGUACUUGUUAUAAUGAUUUAAUUUCUCAGUACAAUGCUUUUAAUAACUUUUAUAAAGUUUUUAUGUCUAGAAAUUAUUUGUGAACAUUUUUUAUACAAGUUUUUCUACAAAUAGUUUAGUUUAAGUAAAGCAAAGACAGUUAUUUAUUCAUGUAAAUGUCACAAUUGUAUUAACCUUUAAGCUAAUAUUUCCUCUAAUUAUUCAGGUAGGGAAUUUUUUCUAUGAGUUUAGUGCUUUAGAAAAAAAUACUUUGCUCAAGCCAUAAUCAAAAUUCCUUCAACAUGUUUAUUUCAAAUUUAUUUAAUAUAGGAAAUAGUGCAACAAAAUCAGGCAGCUUUGACAGCCUUUCAGAAGGGCACAUCAGGGGAUACUACAUAUUUACAACAGCAGGUCAUCCACCUUUCUCAGCAGUUAGAGCAGCUGAAACAAAAACACAAGUAAUUAUUAAUUUUUUACAACCUUCUUUUCAUCUGUAAUGAAGUGCUAAAACUAAGCCUUCGUUAAGUUAUUAAAGAAAGUUUGUAUCAGCAACAGGGUGCUCAUUAUUAAUGACUUUUAAAACUACUUGUUAUAAAAAUAUAUUUGCCAUUUGCCAGUUUAAGGUUAAUAUUUAAAUUAGUUCUCCAGUGUUGAGGUUGAGGCAAAAUAAAAAGAGGGUAUAAGAAAUAAACUGUAAAACAGCUAUUUUUAUCUUAUAUAGACUGGAGCUUGCAGAAGCAUACAGUGGAGUAGAGAUGGGCCAAGGGACUUUACCACAACCCUUGGUUGCGGCCCCUGUUCAGCAGUCAAGAGAUAUGUCACAACAAGAUUUAUCUAUUGAGUUGCAGGAUUUGGAGCUACAUAACAUAGACUUACAGGUUAUACAUUUUAUAAACAGUUUCAUAUUAUUUCAAAAGAAAAAUUAUUUUUAAAAAUUUUCUUACCAGUGUCAUAAGGCAAUAUAAAAUAUUUCAAUAACUACAGAGUUCACAAAAUAAUUAAAUUAAGAAUAUUAUAGUAAGAAAUUUGAAAAAAAAUUAUAUUUUGAAAAUUUUCUAAACUGAAAUUUUUCAUCCUAGGCACAAUUGUCACAUUUAAAUGGUGAGCUAAGCCAACACAAGAUUAAAGAGAGGGAAUUAUUGAAGAAGGUAAGAGCAAUUAAGUACCUUCAAAUAAAGGAUUCCCUGUAUACCCCAUCAGCACAUAUAAUUUUUUUUGGUAUUUAACUGUACCUCACAUCAAUGUAGUGUUUUAAGAGUGCCUUUUUUAAUUAUGUCAUUCCAGUUUUUAAAAUAAAUAUUCUUUUCUUAAUGAAAAAUAAUACCAUUUUUUUUUUUUUUUAAAGUUAGAAAAAAUGGAAAGGCUGUCUAAGGGCAUCACUGACGAUGAUGACCCUCCACUUAACCUUGAUAGCUCUUACAUGAACCAUGAUGAGUCAGCUUUAUUUAGAGAACCAACAGAAUUUGAGGUAAUGUGAUAUAUCGAUUUAUCUUUAAAAAUCAAGUAAUUAUAUAUAACAAAUAUUGUUACUUAAUAUGUGUGAGUCAUAAUUUGAGGCACCCUGUUAGGAUAUUGUUUUCCAAUCAACAAUUUUAUUGUUUUUGUAAUCAUUUAUUUAAACAAAAUUAUUUCAGUAUCUCAAGAACAUUCUUUAUGAAUACAUGAUGGGCAAAGAAACAAAAGUAAGUUGAAUUUAUUUUAAAACCUUUUUACAGGUGUAGUUUUAGCAACAAUUAAACAAAAUUGGUCUGUUAGGGUUUCAGGAAUGAAAUAUUUUAUUGAAAUGAAUUUUUUAAUGAGCAUCUUGUAAAUGUAUAUUUACCAACUUUUAUUUCUUAAAUUAAAGUAAAUUAUCCAUAAACACUAACUUAACUUUCAUGACACAAUCUUUGAUGGACAACAAUUCAUUCUCAAUAAUAAAGGGAAGACAACCUAAGAGCUGCAUUUCAACUUAAAAUUAUUUAUUUAACUCUAUAACUUUGUUAAUAUCAAAACUUUGUAUUUCAGACCUUGACCAAAGUUAUAGCCACUGUUGUUAGAUUUUCAGAGGAACAGACAAAAAAUGUUUUGUCAAAAGCAGCAGAGUCUAAACUGGUA